AUGGGUGACUUCAAAGCAGCACUGAUUUCUAUUUACGGUGCCAAUGCAAAUUAUUUGGAGGGGCAAGAAGAUUUCUUACGAUUGAUUUUGGAAAACCAAAACAGCAAUAUACAUGGUACUAUCCCCUGUGGAAGAGGGAAGAGUUUGACGUUUUUCCUUCUUGCAAAGGCGGCAAUUUUGAGUGGUGUCAAUGAUGGUGUCAGCUUUGUUGUUCUUCCAUACAAGUUCCUGGUGGAUCACAUGGUUCAAGUUGGAGAGCGGAUGGGUCUUGAGACGGUGGCUGUUCAAUGUUCCAACAUAGCAAAGGGGGCCACGCCUAGUCCAUUGGUAGAGAACAUUCCUACCAUUGUAUUUUUUACUGUGGACUCAUUUGCAAAGAUGAUGAGUGACAAUGGAGGCAAGCUAGAGCAAUGGUGCGAUGAAGGUAUUCUACGGCGUAUCUUUCUUGAUGAGAUUCACUUGCCUUUCAUUGAGGUGGGUUUUCGCAGAAGCUAUGACUGUUUUCCACAAAUUGUUCCCAAAUUUGUGUCAAAGGGAAUACAAGUCAUUACAAUGAGUGGCUCGCUUUCAAUUGGGGUAGAGGCUGCGACCCAGAAGUGGCUAGGCACGAAGAAUUGUAAGAGUCGGCGGACAGCUAGUCUUGGUUUGGCUGGUAUACCCAUCCAUGUUAAGCCGAUCCCAACAGGUGAUGGUCUCCAAUCUGUGAUUCAAGACAGACUUAAAUUUGGGCACAUUCAUGUAUUUUGUUGGACAAAGAGAGAUUGUGCUAAGAUCUAUGAUUGCCUGUUGGAGAUUGUCACUUUGAAUCAGAUUGGAGUUGUAACAUCGGAUACAAGUGAGGAGGCUAGACAGGGGGCAAGCAAAACGUGGUUCAACGGAGGCUGGAAGAUACUUAUAUCAACCACAUGUUGUUUGGUUGGUAACGAGAACUUGAACUGCAAGACGGUCAUUUGUUUUGGUCACAUGUACAACCUGGCUUCACUCAUCCAAGCUAUGGGCCGUCUACGGGUCAACCAGCGUAAUGGCUGUAAGGCAAUUUGUUUUCUUGAUGUUGACAAGGAAGUAGAUGCUGCUUCCGAUCUUAUGGCGCAUCUAUCCUGCUGCGGUCUUCUGAGUGAUGCAGUCAGGAAAUUUGUUGGACCCACAUCACUUAACAAUUUUUACAGAACAAGUGAGUGCAGGAUUGCCUUGGCAACAAAAGAGUUUGGUGCCAGACUAGUUCCAAAUUGUGGUGAAUGCGACAACUGUGUUACCACAAGGAUCCAGGAAAGAAAAGUCAAUAUGAACUGUGAUGCCCAACAAAAACAUGAGGCAGAAGUGGAAAUAAAUCGGGAGUUUUCAUCGUUACGUGACAAAAUGGAUGCAGCAUGCGUUGUCUGUGAGCGUGUAUCAUGUAAAGGUGAAGAUUGUAUGACUGGUAGAUGUCACAUCUGUGGCAUUGAAGGGCACAAUACCAAAGAAUGUACUAUGAGAAACUGUAAACCGAAAGACUCACUAGAAGGAAGAGCUUGCAGGAACUGCUGGACAUUUGGUCCUGAUCAUUCAAGCUAUAAAUGUAAACAUCGACGCUGGAAGCGUUUGGUUCUAUACAAUGGAUCUCCCAGGCAGAUCAAACAAUUGUAUAUGCCAACCGAGGUUGAAUCGAAGCAUAACAUGGUGCAAAUCUACAAAAAGCUUUUGGAGAAACCAUGGCCGGCCAAAAGAAAAACAACCCACCCAAUUGCCACACCCACACAAAAACGGAGAAUGGAAGUGGAAAACGUACCUGAGAUAGGUAUUUGGAAUGACAUUGCUUGCAGAGUUCCAACAACUGCUUCCAAAAGUGUGACCAACUUUACAAUAUUGAAAAGUCCCAGUCCUUGCACGGUGUUUAGACUAAAGGGAAGCGAAUUUAACAUACACCACCCCAAGGCCCCAUUAUAUAUACCCUAUAGAAAAAGAAAAGGGGAAGGGUUGGCAUUUUCUUUCAAGGUUGUCAGUUCUGUUGUUUUUGACGGACAAAUAAAAAAGGGGCAUAGCCCCUUUUUAAUUUUCUAUUGCUUUUCACUUGAGCCCCUUUUCAAUCUCUUGUUUUUGACGGACGAAAAAAAAAGGGGCAUAGCCCCAUUUGUAUUUUCUAUUGCUUUUUGCUUGAGCACCUAA